ACUGUCCCUGAAGGAUCAUCAUCCAAUUAGACUUGUCCGUUAAUCUAACCAGUUCUUCCUCCUCCUCCUCCAUUGAUGAUUAGAAAGAGAAAAAACAGCUGAAGAAGAAGAAGACAAAACUCAGAUAUACAUAUAAAUAAAUAGAGAGACUUCAUCCCAAAUGCCACCACACCUCCAUGUUCUCAAACCGGAAAACAACAAUGAUUCGUUACGCCACCGCUACAAUCUUCUUCUUCUUCUUCUUCCUCCUUUCGUCCGCCUACGCCGCCGUUGCUGUUGAAACAACCGCCGAUGAUGUUCUCAGAUUACCUUCCGAAGCCAGAGCAUUCUUUGGCGCCGGCGAUGCAGUUGGAACCAGAUGGGCGGUCCUCAUCGCAGGAUCCAACGGCUACUGGAAUUACCGACACCAGGCUGAUGUAUGCCAUGCCUAUCAACUCUUAAAGAGAGGUGGAGUAAAAGAAGAAAACAUCGUCGUCUUAAUGUAUGAUGACAUUGCUUACAAUGCAGAGAACCCCAGGAAAGGAAUCAUCAUUAACAGUCCUCAUGGUGAGGAUGUAUACAAGGGAGUGCCAAAGGAUUACACUGGGGAAGAUGUAAAUGUUGAUAACUUGUUUGCCGUGAUCCUUGGGAAUAAGAGUGCUCUAACUGGGGGAAGUGGAAAGGUUGUGGAUAGUGGUCCAGACGACCAUAUCUUUAUAUACUAUUCCGAUCACGGGGGCCCUGGAGUGCUAGGUAUGCCUACCAACCCUUAUCUAUACGCUAAUGAUCUAAUUGAGGUGUUGAAAAAGAAACACGCAUCUGGAACCUAUAAAAGUUUGGUACUUUAUCUUGAAGCUUGCGAGUCUGGAAGUAUUUUUGAAGGUCUUCUUCCUGAAGGCUUGAAUAUAUAUGCAACCACAGCUUCUAAUGCAGAAGAGAGCAGUUGGGGGACCUACUGUCCUGGUGAAUUCCCUAGUCCUCCUGAAGAAUAUGAGACCUGUUUGGGCGAUUUGUAUAGUGUUGCCUGGAUGGAGGACAGUGACAUCCACAAUCUGCAGACUGAAACUUUGCAUCAGCAGUACGAACAGGUUAAGCGUAGAACUAUAAAUGAGAACACUCCUUAUGGGUCUCAUGUCAUGCAAUUUGGAGACCUAAAAGUCAGUGCAGAUCAUCUUUUCCUCUAUAUGGGUACAAAUCCUGCAAAUGACAACAAAAGUUGUGUGCAUGAGAGCUCCUUCCAGCUGCCUUCUAAAGCUGUGAAUCAGAGAGAUGCUGAUUUAUUGCAUUUCUGGGACAAGCUUAGGAAAGCUCCAGAUGGCUCUAAUAGAAAGCUUGAAGCUCAGAAGCAGUUCUAUGAUGCUAUAUCACAUAGGUUACAUUUAGAUAACAGUAUCCAGUUGAUAGGAAAGCUCAUAUUUGGAAUUGAAAAGGGCCCUGAUGUCCUGAGUUAUGUUCGGCCUGCUGGAAAACCUCUUGUUGAUGAUUGGAAUUGCCUCAAAGCACUGGUAAGGGUGUUUGAGAAAUAUUGUGGGUCGAUAUCCCAGUAUGGUAUGAAACACAUGCGUUCAGUUGCAAACAUAUGUAAUGCCGCGAUUGGUGUUGAUCAGAUGGCAGAGGCUUCGGCCCAGGCUUGCCCCAACAUUCCUUCAACCCAUUGGAGUUCUCUUAGUAGGGGCUUUAGUGCUUGACUUGAAAAAGCCAAAAAUUCAAGUCUCAUUCAAAUCUGGAUUAAAUUAUUUUGGGUUUUCCUCUUUGGGUCGUGGAAAUUAGUUUCAGUGUAGAUUUUGUAAGAUAAAGGUGUUCCAAAGGUCACCCCAUUUGCACUUGAGAUAUUUUAAACUUGAUAAGGUUCAUCUAACAAAAAAAAUAACUUUUUUUUUGUG